AUAUAAGUCUUUAAAGAGUUUAAAGUGGUUUCAUUAGUAGACUACAUAUGAAUAUAUAUAGACAUACUUUAGAGUAUAGAUUCACUUAUUUUGUUUCGUAUGUAGACUACGAAUGAAAUAUUUUAAAAGACUUAUAUUUAGAACGGAGGGAGUAGUAUAUUUUGGUACAUGGGUCUGCGUUAAGCUGUUGUCGUUGUGUUUCAAGUGGUGUACUUUGGCAGCGUGAUGACACCAGAGGGAUUGGUAACCGACUUCUCGAGGACACCCUUGACGAAAUGCGCUAGUACCGCAGCGCGUAGGUGGACUCGACCGACGUGCAUGCAGACCUCGUCGAGCAGAGCAACCAACCGUGUCAGCGUCAGCGAGCACCGCUCCGCUCCGCUCCGCUCCGAGCGUCCGCUUUAUUAGCUCCACGCCACGGAGCAUCCAAGGCGCAAUGGCGUCGCGUCGGUAGCCAGCCACCCAGCCAGGAGACGACAAGCCUUCCCACCGCACCGCGCCACCCACCCACGCGCGCGGCGGAGGUCCUGGGAACAAGGCGACGAUGGCCGCGCGGGCGCAGCGGCGCGUGGACGGCAGCGCGCUGGCCUUCUGCGUGCUCCACGACCUGCUGGGCGCGGCGGCGUUCCUCGCGGCCCACCCGCUGCACGCCGCCUACGCGCUCUUCUUCUCCCGCGGCCUCCUCGCGCUCGCCGCCUUCUUCUCCCCGCUGCUGCUCUCCACGGCGCUCCUCCUCGUCGUGCUCCUCACCGCCGCGCCGGGGCCGGCCGGGGCGCGGUGCCUCGGGAGCACCUGCGGCGUCGCCGUCGCCGCGCUCUGCGCCGGGCUGCGGCCCGACGCCGGGCUCGGGCUCGUCGGCCAGCUCUGCUCCUUCGUGCUCGGCCCCGCCGGCGUCGGCGAGAUCGUGUUCCUCGGGGAGGUGUCCCACAUUGGUGGUGGUUCUUGCUCCCUUCUGGAGGAAAAGACCUUGCUGCAUGCUUAUGCUACCCAAGCGCUCGAGAUUGAGCUGCCAUUGCAGAGCCUAUCUGGAGAAGAGAUCUGCUUCUGGGGCAAUGGGGAAUUUUAUGAAGAAGAUGGCUUCAACUUCAAGGAUGAAAUUCAGGAGAAAAAUGUGGUCUCUGAGGAUCUGAUGAAGCCUCCUGGAGACUCUUCUUCUUCUUGUUCGGAGCAUUGCUUUCCAGCUCCAGGAGAGGCAUUCAUGCCGGAGAUGGAGGAGCAAGAGGAAUCCAUCAACAAAGUAGAGAGUGUAAGCUUGCCAGAGAGAAAGGGAUUCAGCGGUGAUGCGGUUGAGGAAAAGAGGUUGGAGUGUGACCCUGUUCCUCUGUCAGCAAUGGAGACCAAGAGACCUGAGCGGGUCAGCAAGCCACAUUCUUCGAUUUCUCAGCGGAUAAGGCAAUGGGAAUCUGGGAAUCUGAAGGGAGUUCUUGAUGAAGUCCAGGGCAAUCCGGUGCAAAUCAUCUGUUUGGACAAGGAUUCGUUCGAGGAAACUGUGCAGUUGGAGACUGAAUCUUGCGACCAAAAACAGAGUGAAGAAUCUGACCGGAAGCAAUUACCAGAGCAGGAACUUGUAGAUGUCAAGGAAGAAUUGGUGCGCUUGAAUGUGGCGGUAAAAUGCAGCAAAGACCUGCUGCAAGCUCAAGAAAUCGCCUCCGUUGGGAGAGCCGAGGAAGGCCUGCAAGAACAGAGGAGCAAGGACUUGGAGGCCGAAGAAGAUGCGCAGCCUGACGGACAAGAGCACCAAGAAGAUGUGCAGCAGCCUGCGUCAGAGCCGGAAGAAGAGCAGGAGCACCAGGACGGCGGGGAGAGUCCCCUGAGGUCGACGUCCAUCGCGAGGCGCGUGCACACGCGGACGUCGUCGGAGAACCUGGCCGGCGCCGGCGAGGGGUCGCCGUCCAAGGGGAAGGAGUGGAAGCGGACGCUGGCGUGCAAGCUGUACGAGGAGCGGAUCCAGCACAAGCUGUGCCGCGACCGCGCCAUGGCCGGGGCGUGCGCCGACGACAUGGACAUGCUCUGGGAGGCCUAUGAGACCGGGGGCAGCAGCAGCAGCAGCGCCGUCGCCGGCGACACCAAGCUCCGAGGCGGCGGCAGCAAGGCGGCGGAAGGAUCGGUUCACGGAGAGGAGGAGGAGGAGGAGGAGGAGGAAGACGAGGACGAAGGGCCGGUGCGGCAGCUGUGCUGCCUGCAGGCGCUCAAGUUCUCCACCAGGAAGAUGAACCUCGGAGGCGGCAAGCCGAGCCUGUCCAAGAUCUCCAGGGUGCUCAAGCGGAUGACCGCGCUGUCCAGGGUCGGGUCGCGGCGCAAGUGAUGAAGGUCAGCGGCGGCCAUGGAUCCCUGAAUGAAUGUAGAGCUGUGUGUGGGUGACAAGAACUGUGAAGUGUAUCAGCGUUUCUAGUUUGUGUAUAGGUAUAUGAUGGUGAUGAAAAUAUAUAUGGGUCUGUUUGGUUUGUGA